AUGGCGGUUGUCCUUGAUGCUUUGGCAGCUCGUAACCUCCUCACCGAUGCCGAGAGGAGGCGCAUCACUGACAAGACGGUGCAGGCAUGGGUGAGCAGGCUCAAGAGCGCCAUGUACGAGGCCACUGACAUCCUUGAUCUCUGCCAACUCGAGGCCAUGUACCAACAGGAGAAGCUCCGAGAGAAGCUGCCAUUUGUGGGGUGCCUCCAGCCGUUCCUGUUCUGCAUCAAGAACCCCGGGUUCGCCAACGAGGUAGGAGGCCGCAUCAACGAUGAGCUGGCCACCAUCCGCAAGGGCGCCGCUGACUUCAACUUCAUUGACCUUGGCUCCUAUGAGCAACGGAGGAGGCCGCCGACCAGUUCGGCCUCCUACCCCAGGCGCGAGAAUGCGCACUUCGUUCAGUCAGAUCUCGUGGGGGAGCAGAUCAACAAGAAUACAGAGGAACUGGAGCAUAAGCUGAUCGCCGACAGCCGCCACGAGCAUGGUAGCAGCAGCACCGUCAAGGUGGUGGCCAUCGUUGGCCAGGGCGGCAUAGGCAAGAGCACCCUCGCCAAGAAGGUCUUGGCAAGCGAGGCCAUCAAGGAGGAGUUCAAAACCAAGAUAUGGCUGAGCGUCACUCAGCAGUUCACCAAGGUCGGUGUUGGAAGUGAUUUUGAUGAGCUCAAAGAUAUUGGGAUGAAGAUUGUAAAAAAAUGUGAUGGGUUACCACUUGCUAUUAAAGUUAUGGGUGGACUCUUAUGCAGAAGAGAUCCUAAGCAACGUGACUGGGAGAUUGUUUUACACAAGAAUCUUGCCUGGAAAGAAGAAGACGGGUCACAAGAGGAACUAAACUACUCACUAAGCUUGAGCUACGAUGAUUUAUCUCCAGAGUUGAAGCAAUGCUUUCUCUACUACUCACUUUUGCCAAAGGGUUCAGGUUUUGGAAAGGAUACAGUUAUUAGCAUGUGGAUUAGUGAAGAGUUUGUUCAACAUGAUGGGAGGUCGGGGUCAGACCAACUGGAUCCGGAAGAAAUAGGGGCUGAUUGUCAUCGGGAGUUAGUCGCUAGGAAUCUUUUGGAGCCCGAUGAUUUAGCUCAGAACGUGUGGGCCUACACCUUGCAUGAUGUUGUCCGCUCGUUCGCACAAUAUAUGGCUAAAGAGGAAGCUUUCAUGGUUCAAUUUCAGCCACUGCACCCAGCUACCGGAUGGUUUGUGCAGGAUCCAACCAAGAAGCACAUGCGUCAAGAAGAAAAGAGGACGCCAAAUCCAAAAUGA